GCUGCCAACCCUGGUGGAACUUGGACUUUUUGCGUAGUUGGGUAACUGACCAUACGACUCCAGUGGCUUCUGGACUCUCUCACAGGAGAGAAACCUUAGCACCCCGCUCCCACCUGCCGCUCGGUCCCACCUGCAAAGGGUCUUGAACAGACCAGCUGCGGGCGGGAGGGCUGUCCAGUGCGUGUCCCUCUGUCCUUCUUUGGUGGCCAUGGCUGCCCCGCCACGGCUCCUGAUCCGCGGAGGCCAGGUGGUAAAUGAGGACCGCUCCCAGUUGGCCGAUGUGCUAGUGGAAGACGGAGUGGUGCGGGAGCUGGGGCCCGACCUCCUGGCUGCUGGAACUUCGACAGAGGGGCUGCGGAUCCUCGAUGCCACUGGCAAGCUGGUGCUGCCCGGGGGCAUUGACACUCACACACACAUGCAGUUCCCUUUCAUGGGAUCCCAGUCCGUCGAUGACUUCUACCAGGGCACCAAGGCAGCUUUGGCUGGAGGCACCACCAUGAUCAUUGAUUUCGCCAUACCUCAGAAAGGCUGCUCCCUCAUUGAGGCCUUUGACAUGUGGAGAAGCUGGGCAGAUCCCAAAGUCUGCUGUGACUAUGCGCUUCAUGUUGCAGUUACAUGGUGGAGUGACCAGGUCAAAGAAGAAAUGAAAACCCUAACACAAAAUAAGGGUGUUAACUCUUUCAAGAUGUUUAUGGCUUAUAAAGACCUGUACAUGAUUAGAGACGCAGAGCUGUAUGCAGCUUUUUCUCAGUGCAAGGAAAUUGGAGCGAUUGCUCAAGUCCAUGCUGAGAACGGAGACUUGAUUGCUGAGGGGGCAAAGAAGAUGUUGGCCCUGGGGAUAACAGGUCCUGAGGGCCACGAGCUGUGUCGUCCAGAAGCUGUUGAGGCAGAAGCCACUCUGAGAGCCAUCACCAUAGCAAAUGCUGUGAACUGCCCGCUCUAUGUUGUCCAUGUGAUGAGCAAGUCCUCAGCUAAGGUGAUUGCUGAUGCAAGGAGAGAAGGAAAGGUGGUCUUUGGGGAGCCUAUAGCCGCCAGUCUUGGAACAGAUGGGACUCACUACUGGAAUAAAGAAUGGCAUCAUGCUGCCCACCAUGUCACGGGACCACCGCUGAGACCAGAUCCUUCAACGCCUGAUUUCCUUAUGAAUCUACUGGCUAAUGACGAUCUUACCACUACUGGGACAGACAACUGCACUUUCAACACCUGCCAGAAAGCCCUUGGGAAGGAUGAUUUUACCAAGAUCCCUAAUGGGGUCAAUGGAGUUGAGGAUCGAAUGUCAGUCCUAUGGGAAAAGGGUGUGCAUAGAGGCAAAAUGGAUGAAAACCGAUUUGUUGCUGUUACCAGCACUAAUGCUGCUAAAAUCUUUAAUCUCUACCCAAGGAAAGGAAGAAUUGCUGUUGGAUCCGAUGCUGACAUUGUUAUUUGGGACCCAAAAGCAACAAGGACUAUUUCUGCAAAAACUCAUCAUCAAGCUGUUAACUUCAAUAUAUUUGAGGGAAUGGUCUGUCAUGGGGUACCCCUUGUGACUAUUUCAAGAGGCAAGGUGGUAUAUGAAGCUGGAGUUUUUAAUGUCAGUGCAGGAGAUGGAAAAUAUGUUCCUCGGAAACCAUUUGCUGAAUAUGUUUACAAACGAAUCAAGCAGAGAGAUCAGACUUGCACGCCUACCCCUGUGAAGCGACUCCCUUACAAAGGGGAAGUGACUUCAUUGAAGGCCAGUGGAAAAAAAGAAGCUUCAGCACCUGCAACCAGGAAAUAGGCCCAUGGCUAAAGCUUUGCUUUAGCACUCUCAGGUAAAGAGAGCCAAAGGAAAGGGACCCAGAAUACUGUUCCUCGAGCUCAGUCAGACGCCCUGCAUCGUCUUAUCUAGAAGCACACCUGAUAGCACCACCCAAGGAUCUUCUUGAAAGAAUAACUACAAUGAAACUUCUUUUCUCUCAAAAGGGAAGGCUGCCUUCUUGCCAGAAUUUUGUGCAGAAUAAAAUUAUAGAUAUAAAUGAAGGUGAUGAUUUUGAAUUUCUGUAUGAAAGUUAACCAGGAAUCAUUUGGAAUGGCGUCAUUGCUUGUACCGAACAUUUUAAUUUUAUGAAUAGAAAUUACAUCAUAUUCAGGAUAUAUCUGCCAUUAAAACAUGCAAUUCUCUACUUUUAUUAUAAUUAAUAAAAAUUUUGGAUCUUCA